AGGGUGGUCCGCCAGGAAGUGCGGGAGUAUGGAGCUUAUCUCUUCAUGGUCUCCGGACACAGUGAGGGGCUACUUACAGGGUCUGGACCCUGCAGUCCAGCAGUACCCCUGCCAGGGGUGGAGGAUCACAGGGCAGGAUCUGCUGGACCUGUCCCCUCAGCAUCUUGAUGCCCUAGGAGUCAGGAGCAUUGGACACCAGGAGAUAUUUUUGGAGGCUGUGGAACAGCUGUGCGCCUUGCACUAUGAAUUACACAGUGAAACUCUGAGGUCUCUCACUGAUAAACUGUAUCGAGUGUCCCGAAUACUAUGUUCGCACAUCCUUACCCUCAGGAAGGCCUCCUCGCUUUCACCGUCCUUGGCCUUAUCUCCCACUCAGAAACAGCUGGCUUGCAUCAUAGACAUUAUCUCCGCAGCACGAGGCCUCUUCUCCUGGCUUAACAGGUAUCUGUUCACACGGUUGAACGAUUACUCGGCUACCCGAGAUGUUAUUGCACUGUGUGUAGAGCUAGCAGAAGUGCUGCAUAAGGACUGGUCAGAUCCACUUAUUGAAAACAGGAUUCUAGCAAUUUGUGAAAAUAUCUGUGGAGUAUGUAGCAGUAUUCUGAACUGCAGCCCAGAGAGCCUCCUCAGUCAGACCGCAACACUCGAGCUGGUGCAGAUUUAUCCAGAGGCUUCAAGUUUGGGUAUUGAAUUUAAGUCCACGGCUUCUGGACAGCAUUUUGUCUGCCGGUUAACACCUGAGUCUCCAGCACAACGCUGUGGCCAAAUCUUUCCAGGAGACGAGAUCAUUAAAGUGAAUGACCAGGUGGUGGUUGGAUGGACACAGAAGAACCUGGUGUGGAAACUACAGGAAAGAUCAAACUGUGUGGAUAUUGUUUUAAAGAAAGUUACCAUAUACAAGUCUAAAUCUCCUGUAUCCCCAAACCAAAAGAAAGUUCAUGGAAUGUUCAGAUCAUCGUCAUCAUCGCGCAGUGCUCUAGAGUCACCACUUAUGACUGAUAUACCUUCCUCUCCAACUGAAUGGCACAGUGCCUCCAUAAUAACACACACAAGCCCUCUGACAGCAAUCAGUACUUCCACCAUACUUGCAAGCAAUCCAUUAUCCUUAGGACCAGAGGUUUUAUCACUGGAACAUUUAGAAACAAAUUCUCCCUCCAGUAAAAACAUCCUUGAAGCUAAUCAACAUCAGCCUAAGGAGUAUCUCUCACACAUCCAUAAUACCUGGCCAAGUUCUGGGACUCCACAUUACAAACCUCCUGCCUCAAUUAUUUUCCAUUCAGCAUCUGUUCAUCCAAGUUCUGAAUCUUUAAGCCUGGAAAAUACAAUGUCUUCAACCAUAUAUGCCAAAACUCUUACUCCAUUGUCACACAUUUCUCUAGAGCUGGAUCCACAAGAUUUAAAGGACAUCCCCCGGCCAAGGAGUGGGUCAGACUCUAGCCCAAAAUCCACAAUCAGCCUUCUCUCUGUCCCCUUAUCUCCUGGAGUACUGAGGACUACAGUGUCUGAAAGUAAUCUUUUAAAUCCUGCAAAUGCAGCAGUUCCUCAGAAAUUCCAAGGCCAAGAAGGUUCGCUCAAGAAUUCAGAGACAACCUCAAUAAGCUCUCAAAGUCGCAAAAAGGAUAAGAAACUGCACCUUUCACCAGUCAGUGGUCAGGCAAACCGUGAUAAAAGGGCUUUAGGAGGAGUUACACAAACUCAGAAAGGUGCUGCAACCAAGUUAAGUCGUAGACGGGUGUCCUGCAAGGACUUGGGUAGCCCUGAUUGUGAUGGAUGGCUGUGGCAGAGAAAGGAAAAUGUUAGCUUCAUGUCACAAAAGUGGAAACGUUGCUGGUGUGUUCUUAAGAAAGAUCGAUUGUACUGGUACAACUCACCACAGGAUGAGAAGGCUAUAGGACUGCUAAAUAUUUCUUCAUAUAGUCUGGAAAGCACUCGGGAGGCAAAAUCCAAAAAGAAGUAUGAAUUUCAACUCUCCCACCCAACAUACAAGCCAUUUGUGUUUGCUGCAGACAACCUGACUGACAUGCAAAUGUGGGUAACCUUUCUCUUAAAAUCGCUGCAGAGAUAUACAACUCCACAGAAUUCCAGUCAUUCACGAGAGGAAGACUGUUACAGUGAGACAGAAGCUGAAGAUGAUGAUCAAUUCAAAUCUCAUGAUAUGGUUAAGAAGCCCUUGAUGCUUUCACCUUUGAAUUAUUUGCCUGGUUCAACGUCUGCACCUGGUCGUGAAGAAGGAGCUGAAGGAGGACACUUUCCAAAAUCCAAUACUGUCCAACAGUUGAUAGAGUCACCUGUGAAAAAUACAUCUGAAGAAAUAUCAGCAGCUACUUGUGAAGAAGGGGCAGAAGGCGGACAGUUGCCAAAAUCGAGUAAAGGAAUCGGUGAUGAUCUAGAAAUAAUGAUGACUUGCCUGAAACAAGGAGGUGUUUCGCUCAUUGGUAAGAAGACUACAAUGACACGGGAUGAAUAUAGGAAAUCUUUUAUACGUCGCAACAAGAAUCCGGACAUAAAUCAUAAAGCACAUGCUUUACGUGUUCUCCAAAGCACAUUGAAGGCAAAGCUUUUAGAGCUGCAGUCAUUGAACCAAGUCCUGGAGAAUCCAGACCUUACCUCUGCUGCAUUUCAGAAAUGGAAGUCUCAGCAUGAACAUCACUAUGGCAGUCUUGGAAAGAGUCCUCAGACACAGCGAGCAGUUGCUGGUAACCUAUAUCAAGAAAGGAAAGAGGAUGAUAAUCAGGGCGUCAGAGAGAGUGAAGAAAGUGACUAAGUAUUAGCUAUGAUGGCAAUGAAUACCAAAUACUAUGAUGGUGUAUCUCUAGCGAUUUCAAUUUCAGCAGUGCUUGGCAGUUCAUUCUCAGUUUAAUGGGAUUGGCAACUAUGAGAAGUUAACUAUUUAUAGUUGCAUUAUUGUAUAUAUCUUGAUCUACCAGUGCCGCUGAUACCGAAGUACAUUUUGUCUGACAGUUCACUUUCUGGAUAGGUCAUAUUGUAAUGCAUCAGUUGCCACAGUUAAGCCCACAGGGGUCUUGCUUUGAAGAUGCUAAAAACCAGCCUGGUCAAUGGUGCACAGACUCUUUGUGCCCUUCAUAAAUCUACGUGUCGGACCACUACUGUGAUUAUUAUUAAUAAUUCUUAUUAUUGAAUUUUACAAUACUUUUCCAAAGAAGAACGGAUAGGAGUAACUGGAAUUCACUUGACAAGAGGAUUUUUGAUGCUAAAGACCUGCUGUUGGCACAGCGUUUGUCAUAAAUGAACUUAUUUUUAACAAUAGUUUGAAAUUAUACCAAGCUGCUGUAUCUGAUGGGAUAUCAGGCACAUGUAAAGCCAGUAUUUUCAUUCUUCAUGUAUGUUGCUUUUAACAUCUGCUUUUUUCACACAUUUCCUUAGCCACAGUUAAUAGAAGAAUGAAAGGUUUUUAUAGAUGGGUAUUUUAUAGUUUUUCAUGUUUUGCAUGCUUUUUGGUUAUUUGAAUUUAAUAUCCCUAAACAUUUGUACAUGCACACAACAUACUGUAUGUACAUGCCACAUUUAUAAGUUCCUGGACUCAUCUGAAGGCUGAAUAAUGGCUUUAUUAAAGGGGUUGUCCGGGUUCAGAGCUGAACACGGACAUACCCAAUUUCACCCAGGCAGCCCCCCUGAUGUUAGAAUCAGAGCAUUUCCUGCUUUUUUUAUUUACAACAAAACACUGCUGGGCAGAGGUUUCAGCCCAGCAGUGUGUUCGGUGAUGUCACUGGCUCUGAUGGGCCGACUUUAGCGCUGCCCUAGCCAUUUUACUGGGUUCACUGCUGUACAGAAGCCUCCGUCUGGCAGCCCUAUGGAGAGCCUGGUACAUCACUGCCUUUGUCCUGCGCGAUUCAGCGCAGGGCAAAGGAGAGCAUCGGAGCAUGAAAUGCUGUGAUGCUCAUGUCGGAGGAGCUGCCUGGGUGAAAGUAUGGGUAUGUCCAGGUUUAGCUCUGAACCCGGACAACCCCUUUAAGAGAUGCUGUUUUACAAGUUCUGCACCAAAACUACAGUGUGCAAGCGUAAUCUUCAAAUGGAGUUGGAAGCCAUUAUUUCUUGUUUUUUCGCUAUCUGUUCCUUUUAAUAUACUUAAAGGAAAUGUGUUACUGGAAUUUUUUUUCUGCUAGUUAAAACCAGAUAGCGACACACAUCCUUGUUUACUAAUCCGAUUUAAUUUUCUGAUUACAGAUUUCUUUAUCCUAUUGCAUGAACAUGAUUAUGGAGGUGGCCAUUUUGCUUGAGCUGUUCUUAACAGCAUUUACACAGCAUUGAGAACAUUUUCUUUAUGGCAGCCCCAUAGUCCAUAGACUCAAUGGUCAGGAGGAGACGUUAUUGACUUCUAUGGGAGAGUUUUCUAGGCAUGCUCUGUGACCUGUGCAUCGACCAUUGUGAAUGGUGGAUCCUGUGUUGUCUGUACAGAGAGGUGACAUAAUGAGGCUGCAAUGAUAAGGAGAUAGCAGUAAAGUGAUCUGUAUAGACCAAGAAGUGGCGCCUAUUAUUAGGCUUAGUGGCCAGUGCAAAAACUGAAGUAUAGAUAUUGACAACGAAAAUUCAAAAUAACAUCACCAAAAAUUCUUUAAAAACUUUAACAUAAAAAUGUGCUUCAAACAAUAAGUCAUUAUUUGAUGACACAUUUGCUUUAAGGCAUACCGCCAGUAAAAAAGGAACAGUACGCAUGCUUCACUUGUCAAAUUUGAUAUCUCAGUGGGCUGCACUUUGUAAUGUAUAUUUCACCUACAGAUGUAAACUUGACUCUGAUAAUACACGGCACAGUGUUAUCUUGUGACAAAAGCCAUUGUAAUCUAUUAAAAGUUAGUUAUCUGUUGGUGCCACUCUUUACUUAAAGAAGAACUCCCGCAAAAAAUAUUCUCUGACCUGCUACAGCUUUGACAUGUAAAAAAUGUAAUUCUUUCAUGCACUUUUCGAACCCUUGAUAUAUGCAGUGUGCAACCUGCUUCCAGCUGGGCAUGGUCUGUCCCAGUAAUACACACUGGAUGUGAGUUCUGUAUAUCCAGGCUGUUGCUCUUGUGUGGUUACCAUCUCUUAGAGUCUGCAGUGGAUGCUGUCCUGUGUCUACGCUGAUGUUACUUCCUCUGCCGAUUCUGCCAUGAGUACUCUCCUCCCUCUUUAGACUGAUACACCCUUUUUGAUCUCCUUGCUCUGCAGACUGCCUCAAAGGGAACCUAUCAUGUUGAACAUGGAAUCUGAGCUGCAAACUGUGGCAUGUUACAGUGCAGGAGGAGCUGAGCAGAAUUUGAUUUAGAAUUUAGUAGGAAAGAUUUAGUAUAACCUGUAUUUCAUUCAUUUAAAUUCUUGCUUAUGAUGGGCUUUGGGGUCAAAACUGCCUGCCUUACCUUUAUGUCUGCAUACAGAGAUAGCUGUCGGUCAUUGAUAGGACCGCCUUUUUGAGUCCUUAGCCCAGAAGGAGCAGGAAUUUUAAAUGAAAACAAGUUAUAUUGAAUCUUUUCCCACAAAACUAUGUUCAGAUUGUCCAUCUCAUUUUGCUUUGUAGCGGGAUGUUAGAGGGAAAGAAGGAUCAGGCAAGUACAAUAUCAGAAUCUAGUCCUUUUGAUCUGGCAGGAGAUAAGCAUGUGAAAACACCUGCAUGCUCGGCAGAAUAGUUUAUGCAUGUAUAUGGGGAGUUAGGAGGAAUAGCUGUCAGCCAAACAAGUGUUCGCCUGCCAGCUGUUAAGGAUGUGUGGGCACUUUAAAGGGGUUGUCCAAAAUUUCUAUGUUGAUGACCUAUCCUCAUCAACUCAUGUGCUGUUGAAUCCAUGUAAGAAGCAGCACCAAAGCCAGCUAUGUAAAGGAAUUACAUGGACUCUACAACAACAAAAUGGCAGGAGUUUUUAAGGAAGACUAGAAAGUUUGCAUUUAAGAAUCAACAAUAAAAAAUAGCAAUCAGUGCAAAGUGGACAAAACUUUUAUGGUGGAAGAAAUUGAAUGGAAGGCAUUAUGCAGAUUUUUGGAAUACAUUAUAUGUGCAGAUCUUUAACCAAAACGGCUAAAUGUUUUAGAAAAUCUUAGAAAUGUACCUUGCUAUGUAAAAACAAAAUAAUGAACUGGCUGGUAUGAAGUGCUUUGUUAUAUAGUAUACGACUUACCGAAUAGGUGAGGUUAUAAAUGUUCUACAUCUCACCAAUUAACCCAUACUAGACUGCAAGUGAUAAUGAGGAUAAAUAUUACCAAAUUCUAUUGGUGUUGUGCUCUCCAUGUUGUACAUAUGAAAAAAUAUGAACUUUACAAUAUGUUGACACCAAUGCCUAGAAAAAUGUAUUUAACAAAUUGAUACACAUGUAUAUGCAUCUAAAUAUAAACGUAUAGAUUUGUUUUA